GGUUAUGUUGUCCGCGUAAAGAUAUUACACGUUUUUAAUUGUUCACACUUAUGGACACCUGCAUAUUUUCAAUAUUGUGUUACUCCAAGGAUUUUCAGUGUUGUGUUAAGGACUUUUGAUUCGUUUCAUGUGCAUGUGUGUGUUUAUAUUCCUUCUAGUGACUCCCGUGUUAAGGAUUUAAUUUCACACUCAAUAGGAAUGCUCACAGGACACCAUCCUGGCGAACAUGUGAUGCGCCGCGAUGCCCACUCUGUCCGCGGCGCCUGAGCAGAGUUUCGGCUGCCGCACUGACCGGCAGGAUAGUCAUCCCGAAGCCAUGAGCCCAGAGCAGGAGGCAAGUCCACCACCUGCCGCCCCGGGCGCCUCUCCACCUCCACCGCCUCCGACGGACCUGUCUUCACCUGUCAUGUCACAGCAGGAGAAUACUUCGGACGUGGAACAAUUUGCUGGCAAGAUUGUCUACAAUCCUGAUGGUUCUGCUUAUAUUAUUGAAGAUUCAGAGAGUGACAAUGAGGUUCAAGGACCAAAUAACUCUCUUCCAGAAAUCGUACCACCACUUCAAGCAGUCUAUGUUUCAAGGCUACUCAGGCAGCCUGCCAGGCCAACUGAACUCCCAGCUGUUCAUAGUUAUCGAGUGGUGGCACUCAGAGAUGCUAGACCUCCCAGGCCUGCUUCCGUACCAGUUAAACCCAUCCUCAUGUGUUUUGUCUGCAAGUUGAGUUUUGGUUUUGCACGAUCUUUCGCAAAUCACGCACAAUCUGAACACGGUGUAACACUGAAAGAUAAUGAGAGAGAUGUAUUGGCGGCGGACUGUUCUGCAAUACUGCAGUGUGUAGGUGCCGACAAGAGGCCCAUGGUGUCAUUGUUGGAACCACUUAGUUCGUUGACUCACGAAAAUAACUCAAAUCAAAUUGUUCCUGUUAAUUCUGUACAAAAUCGCAACGAAGGACCUUCUCCCUUAACUGAUACACCAUUAUGUUCCUCUUCACGAAAUACUCCCGGAAAAUCACCUUCGCCACCUUUUGUAACGCCUCCUGCCUUCAUGACCGGUACUACGAUAGGUGUAUGCCCCGAUCACUUGCAGGGUAGGCCGUCUGGAGUUGAGUGUGCUAGAUGUGAGAUGAUUCUGUCAUCUGGUAGACUUGGUCCUGCAGGUUUAGCUAAUGUGCAUAGUAGGAAUUCAUGUAAAACGCUUAAAUGUCCAAAAUGCAAUUGGCAUUAUAAAUAUCAAGAAACGCUGGAAAUUCAUAUGAAAGAGAAGCAUCCUGAAGCCGAAACUAGUUGUAUUUACUGUAUAGCAGGCCAACCCCACCCACGAUUAGCUAGAGGAGAGACUUACACCUGUGGAUACAAACCUUAUCGUUGCGAAGUUUGUAAUUAUUCAACGACAACGAAAGGUAAUCUCAGUAUACACAUGCAAUCCGAUAAACAUCUGAAUAAUAUGCAAGAACUCCAAAAUGGAGGAGCUCCAAACCAAGAACCACGUCAGGCUUCCCCAAAAGCACCACCAUUACACCACUCACCAGUGAGCAGCGGACAUAAACCUAAACCCAGUUUCAGAUGCGAUGUUUGCAACUACGAAACUAAUGUUGCGAGAAAUCUACGAAUCCACAUGACAUCUGAGAAACACACUCAUAAUAUGCUUGUUUUGCAACAGAAUGUCAAACAUAUGCAGACAUUAUCGGUUCUACACCACCAACAUCCUCAACAACAUAUGGAUAGUAUAUAUGGAAUGUAUCCUGGGUUGGGAGAGAAACCUGAAGCGGCUCUUGCAGAUAUGGCAUACAACCAAGCUCUCCUAAUACAAAUGAUGACUGGUGGUCAAUUACCUGGUCAUGGUGGUCCAGCGGACAUGUCGGCUCAUUCUGACCUUGGCCUGAACCCCGAAACAAUGGAACCUCCACCUGAACCAGCUGAUCCUGAUCCUGAAAAAACGUAUCAAUGCUGCGUUUGUAAUAUUUUUCAUACGGAUAGUCUAGAAGAGCUCGGAAGACAUUUAGCACUUGACCGUACACGACUAAGAGAACAAGAAAUUCUCGCCGUCGUUGCUGGUCAUUAUGUAUGUAAACUGUGCACCUACAAGACAAAUCUAAAAGCAAACUUCCAACUUCAUUGUAAGACUGAUAAGCAUCUUCAGAGACUGCAACACGUUAAUCAUGUCAAAGAAGGUGGGCCACGAAACGAGUGGAAACUAAAGUACGCUUCUGCUCCAGGUGGUGUUCAAAUUCGUUGCAACGCUUGUGAUUAUUAUACGAAUUCGGCACAUAAAUUGCAACUGCAUGCAGCUGCGGGUCGUCAUGAUGCAGGAGUUGCUUUAAUGAAACAUCUUCAAGAAAGAUGCUCUACUAUAAGUCAACACCAAACUAAAAUGUUUCACUGUUCAUUGUGUGGUUUUUCUUCUACGAAUAGACUACCUCUUCUACAGCAUGUGAGAUCUCUGAAACAUCUCCACAUGGAACAGUUACAUCUAUUGCAGAGGCGAGCAGAAGGCAAAGAAAACAGUCCAGAAAUGGGAGAAGUUUUUCACGUUGUUCCGGGUCCAAUGGAUCAGCAACCGCAACAAACACCUGAGCGAAGAGAUAGCAUCAACUCCGAACUCAGUCAAAUCGAGGCAAAUAGAGAUAAUAUCAAAUCUGAGCCUCGAGAAGAAGGCGAAGAAAACAAUAUCAAUGAAAGUGGAGCUCCGCAACAUGUAUGUCCCUUUUGCGACUAUAGUAGCGAUUCAGAAAUGAGAAUUCAAGCACACAUUCUUGCACAGCACGGUACAAAUAACACUCCUAUGUCUGACAAUACAUUCAACUGCCCUCUGUGUCAGGAUGCUUUUAAAGACCGCUCUAAUUUGGAACGCCAUGUCAUGCAAAUUCAUUCCGUUAAUAGUGAAGGCCUUCAAAGGUUACUUAUGCUUGUAGAUCAAAGUCAUUGGCUUAAUCAGGGUUCCAGGACUUCAACACCUAAUAAUUCCAUUAAUCAAAUACAAGCAUCACCAAAUCAAAUGAUUUCACCGACUUCUGUGUCUUCCAAAGAAUCCAGUAAGUUUGAAAAAAAUGACGUGAGUCAUGUUGACGCUGAACCUGAUUUAAUGUCCCCCGUUAGCGAUGAUAAUACAGAGUUCGAGUCGGAACGCUGCGGUACAUGCUUCAGAAGUUUUCGUAAUAUUGACGAGUUAUGUUAUCACCAAACUGAAACUGGCCAUUUGGAAAUUAAACAAACACCUAGCGGCCCUGGAUAUGCCUGUUGGAAAAAAGGAUGUAAUCAGUUUUUCCCGACAGCUCAUACACUACAAAUGCAUUUUAAAGAAAUUCACGCGAAAAAUUCUGUAGCGAAUAUGUCUGUUUCGGAAAAACAUGUUUACAAAUACAGAUGUAAUCAGUGCUCUCUAGCUUUCAAAACACUAGAAAAGUUACAAUUACAUUCACAAUAUCAUAUGAUUCGAGAUGCUACAAAAUGUAUUUUAUGUGGUCGAAGCUUCAGAUCACUCGUAGCUCUUCACAAACACGUUGAAAGUGUUCAUUCAGAAUUAACAGACGAAGAACUCAUCGCCUAUAAACAAAGUUUGAUGAAUAAUCCCCUAUUAUUGGCAGGACUGCAAGGACAAGUGCUCGACAGUUCAACAAAUGAUAUUCUUAAAAAAGAGUCUUUGCGCAGUGAAGAUGAGUCUGGUGAAUGUGAGGAUAGUAAAGAAUUGAACACCAGUCAAGAAGAUGUAAAUCAAAAUGACGGCGACAAUUCUGAUGAUAGUAUAAUUUACAAAGACCAACAAUUUCUAGAAGAUUACUUAAACAGUCAAGCCAUUGCCGAGGAUAGUUACAAUGAUCCGAAUAGAAAAUAUAAAUGUCACCGGUGUAAAGUAGCCUUCACAAGACAAAGCUAUUUGACCGCUCACAAUAAAACCCUUUUACAUAGAAAAGGUGAGAAAUUAAGCUACCCAAUGGAGAAAUACUUGGACCCUAAUAGGCCCUACAAAUGCGAUGUGUGCAAAGAAAGUUUUACGCAAAAAAACAUAUUACUUGUACAUUACAAUUCAGUCAGUCAUUUGCAUAAAUUGAAAAGAGCCAUGCAGGAACAACAGAAUAAUAAUAACAAUCCGCCAGUUUCGCCAAUUUCCGGUGGCAACCAAUCUCAAAAUUUGACAUUAACUCCAAAAAGUACAUCGUCUGAAGAAGAUGAAAAAAAGAAAUAUCGGUGCAAUAUUUGUAAAGUAGCGUAUACACAAGGCAGCACUCUUGACAUUCACAUGAGAAGUGUAUUACAUCAAACGAGAGCGAGUAAAUUACAAGACUUGGCGAUGACCGGUCAAAUCGACUUGACCAAACCCCUUAUCGAACAGCCCGAAAUUAUAGCCAUGCAGUCUCCCAAACAAACUAGUCCAGCGCCAGGUAGUGGGGACAAACAACCCUCUCCCACCCCGCCAUCACCUGGCCUCUCAGGUAGUCAAGGGAUGAUGAACUGCCCUAAGUGCGGUGCAUUAUUCGGUUCGCAAGAUCAGUUGAGCGCCCAUCAGCAGUUGUACUGCAUGUAUACGUCGCCUAUGGCGAUCUUUCAAGGAUCUCAAGAGCCAGAUAAAAGUCCACCUCCCGGUGAUUCUCAAGAUGGAGCUUUCAGAUUAAAUGUUCCAAAAAAAACUGGUUCGCAUAUGUACAAACACUUAUUAGAGAGUUUUGGAUUUGAUUUAGUGAUGCAAUAUAAUGAAAGUCACCAGAGACGACAAAGACAACUGCGCGAGGCUGAAGAAAAAUCCGUCAGUGAGGCCCAAAGUCCACCAUCUUCAAUCCAUUUAUGUCCAGAAGAGUCAGUCAAUGAUGCGGCAGCCACCACCGAUGGAACAGAAUCCAAGGCCGAGGAGGAUGUUGAACCCAACCUACCAGAAGUAAGUAAAUCUACGUGCCAACAUUGCAAUAAAGAGUUCUCUAGUGUGUGGGUGUUAAAAUCUCACUGUGAAGAAGUUCAUAAAGAUUUAGUGCCGCUUGAAUUCUUAGAAAAAUAUGCUCAACAGUUCAAAAACGAAUACGAAAAGAAAACGGUGGUGGUAACCGCAGCAACCUCAUCAACUCUCAACACAGUGCCGACAGUUUCCAGUUCCGGAGAAACCACUUCAACCAUGGCGGCAGCGAUCACAUCCAGUCCAAUAGAAAACGUCGUCACCCCUGAGAAGGAAGAUGAAUCCAAGGAUGCUUUGCAUGCCAAGCUGAAUCUCCAAAAUCCACCUGAAGCCGUUUCCACUGCUCCUUCAACCCCAACGUCAUCAACAACUCCAGCCAGUAGUACAGAGUCACUUCCAGCAAAUAUACAAGCAAUGAUAGCCCAGAGUAUGGCCCAAAAUCCUAUGGCCCUUGCCCAACAAAUGUCAGAAAUGCAAGCUGCUUUGAAUGUUAUGCAAUUACAACAGUUGAAUUUCAACCCAAUGAUGCAGAUGAUGGGUAUGGGAUUGCCGUUAGGACUAAACGCUUUAGCAGCGAUGAAUUUGCAACCACCACUUGUACCAUUAAUGAUGCCGCCUCCACCGUAUGAUCCUAUCUCACAAUUUGGGCCACAGGAUCAGCAGGCCAUGCUCGCGAAACAGCAGCAAGCUAUGAUGCAGCAACAAGCGGCUGUCAGUGCUGCUGUAAACCAGAAGCGUGCGAGAACUAGAAUUACCGAUGAGCAGUUGAAAAUUCUUCGUGCUCACUUUGACAUAAACAAUUCACCUUCGGAAGAACAGAUACAUGAAAUGGCAUCACAAAGUGGAUUGCCACCUAAAGUCAUAAAACACUGGUUCAGAAACACCUUAUUCAAAGAAAGACAGCGAAAUAAAGACAGUCCUUACAAUUUCAAUAAUCCUCCAUCUACGACACUCAAUUUGGAGGAAUAUGAAAAAACUGGAGAGGCAAAAGUCAUGCAACUAAAUAGUUCAGGUAGCAGCAUCGAAGAAAAUAAACAAAAAGAAUCGCCGUUGUCUCAUCAACGGGAAAUUAAAAGUGAAUCAAAGGAUGACGUUAUUGAUGAUCAACAAAAGUUCAAUGAUGAAAAACUUCUUGAAACAAUCGAAGAAAAACCGAAUUUAUUCAAUUUGCCGCUCAAUUUGCAACCACCGCAGAGUCCUGCCACGUCCGUUGCUAGCUCUGACAACCAGAGUGUAUCGCAACCAAGCACUCCCAGCAAUCUUACACUUACAUCAAUCAUUGCAUCACAACUUGGUGACACACUUCCUGCUGGUACGGGAACUGUGAAUAUUAGUGGCAUACCAGGACAUCAUGGACUAACAAGCCCCAUGCUGCCACCACCUAAACUCAAUCAGCAGAACUUUUCCAGCCCUAAUAAUAUGCAGAGUAUGUUACCUCUCACACCCAAUCGAUGCCUCAGUCCUAGCAGAGAAUACAGUAAUCCUGGGAGUCAAGGGUCUGGAGGAUCAACCGGAAAAAGAGCUAAUCGAACAAGGUUCACUGACUACCAGAUUAAAGUGUUGCAGGAAUUUUUUGAAAACAAUGCUUAUCCAAAGGAUGAUGAUCUGGAAUAUCUGUCGAAACUACUCAACCUUAGUCCUAGAGUAAUUGUAGUAUGGUUUCAGAAUGCACGACAAAAGGCUCGAAAGGUUUACGAAAACCAACCAGCUGCUGAGCCUGCCCCCGGACUUCCCGAUGAGCCUGGUGCUAACCGUUUUCAACGAACACCAGGCCUCAAUUAUCAGUGCAAAAAAUGUCUGUUAGUUUUCCAAAGGUACUAUGAGCUUAUCCGACAUCAAAAGACACACUGUUUUAAAGAAGAAGAUGCAAAACGAUCAGCUCAGGCACAAGCUGCUGCUGCACAAAUAGCUGCCGUUUUAAGUUCGGAAGAUUCAAACUCUAGUACAGUUGAACCGUCUCAACAUCAGAUGCCACCUCAACAAAAUAUACCUCCGCAGUCGAAUCCUGCUCAUAGUCCUAAUCAGCCUAAUCCUGCUACUACACCUACACCUAGUCAAGGCACUUAUCCCCCAACUGCCUCUUCCCCAUCUGACAACAAGGAAAGUUCUUUUCAGUGUGAUAAAUGUAACCUUGUUUUUCCAAGAUUCGAAUUGUGGAGAGAACACCAACUUGUUCAUUUAAUGAACCCGAAUCUUUUUCCUACUUACUCACCUGAUUCUCCAUUCGGAAUUCUGCAGCAACACGCUCAACUUCAACAACUGAAUGCUAAUUUAGGAGACCUCAAUAAACAACAAACUAAUGUUCCUCAGCACAAUACGCAGCAUCCACUUAUCAAUAUGUUGAAUAAUGUCACGGGGCAAAAAAGGAAAAUGGAAGAUUUUGAUGGAGAAAGCGAUACAUCAGAUCAACCAAAAGAUAAACGUUUGCGAACAACAAUUCAACCAGAACAGCUAGAUUAUAUGUACCAAAAAUAUCAAGUUGAAAGUAACCCUUCUCGUAAAAUGUUAGAAAAUAUUGCACGAGAAGUUGGUUUAACGAAAAGAGUGGUACAGGUUUGGUUUCAAAACACUCGUGCCAGAGAAAGAAAAGGACAAUUUCGUGCUCAUGCUCAAGUAAUCAACAAACGAUGUCCAUUCUGCCCUGCUAUAUUCAAAGUGAAAUCUGCUUUGGAAUCUCAUUUGAGUACCAAGCAUGCUGAUCAAUGUGCCCGAGGGGAAAUAAACAUUGAUGCAAUACCUGAUGAAGACAUAAGUCUCGAAUCUGCACCAAGUUUAAGUUCCGUAGGAGAUAACAAAUUCCAAGCACUGAACCCAAACAUGAUGCCACCGCUUUUUCCUUCUCUUCAUCCAGAUAUGGAAAGUUCCAUCAAGAAAUAUUACGAGGAGAGUAUGAAGAGAUAUAUUAGCGAAUUACAAGCACACACUUCUUCGUCAAACGGCGAUAAAAGUGAAAUAAAGUGCGAAAAGGGAGAAAGUGGUGAGAUUCCUUUAGACCUCUCCAAACCAGUGGAUUUAUCCAGGCCCGUGAAAGUGACUAUGGAUCAUGAGCGUAAUGUUUGUGACUCAGGUCCUCUAACCGAUCUCAGUGAACGAUCUCUAUGCGAUGAAAGAAGUGACACUAUGUCGGAAACAACUGAGUUUUACGAUGACGAAAGCAACCCUACUUCGCCAGCUAGUAGUACGCAAAGCACCACACAAAAGCAAAUGAAUUCAGCAGGGGGGUCGAAACGAUAUCGUACCCAAAUGUCAUCUAUUCAAGUUAAAGUCAUGAAAAUAAUUUUUCAUGAUUAUAAGACACCAACAAUGGCUGAAUGUGAGGGCUUAGGAAGAGAAAUCGGAUUACCCAAACGAGUUGUGCAAGUGUGGUUUCAGAAUGCCAGAGCCAAAGAAAAGAAGGGAAAAGUUUUACACAAAGUUUUAGGUCAAACUGAAAGUGACAAUCUCUCCUUGCCUGAUGACUGUCGGUUUUGCAAUUUCAAGUAUUCUCACAAGUAUUCUAUUCAAGAUCACAUCUUUACCAAGAGUCACAUUGGAAAUGUAAGAAUGUACCUGGAGAGUCAAAACAAAGAAGUUGGACCUGAGGGAGGGGAAUUCACAGUUCCGCCUCUUCCUGGAGCAGCUGCUGGACCUGUUACUGCUGAUUCCACAACAAACCUUUCCCAAAAUUUAAACAACAACACACACCUCCAGUUAAUGCCGAUGGCUGGCAUGCAGAUGGGAAAUGUUGCCAAGACAGAACAAGAAGAGAACCCGGAGACGCUGUUCCAACAGUUGUAUGCACUUGGAAAUAAUGCCAAUUACGGAGUUCAAAACCAGUAUGUUCAUCAUGCAAUGUUUGGAGCCAAUGGGGGAGCCGGGGGAUUGCUUCUAGACACAGGAUCAGGACCAUCUUUUCUUCCACUACCUGGACCAGUACUUGAACAGGUUGCAGCCGGUAAUUCAGAACCAGGAGUUACCACCUUGAAACUACCAGACAACUUUCAACGUUCUCGUGAUCUAGCUAUUCGAGAUAUUGAUGUAGAAGUUUGUUUUGUUUGCAAAAAAUGUCGACUGGCAUUCCGUGGUGAAUCUCCUCUUCUUACCCAUCAACGUCAGUGCUAUGGAAGUAAUCAAGAAAAUCGCGGAGCUUUUCGAAUAGUACAAACGGGAUUCGAGUGUAGGAGUUGUGGCAACGAACGGUUCAAAACUUUCAUGGAGCUUAAACUGCAUUGCGAAACUGACGUACACCUCAAGUCAAGUAGUUGUGGCAGUCUCAGUAACAACACUUGCAGUAACAAAAUUAUUUCUUUUCUGCCUCCGUCAUCUGAAUCGCCGUUAAGUCAUGAAAUGGAAGACGUAGUAAACCAGAUCACACUCUUGGCAGCUCGAGCUGCUCAGGAGUCCCCUCAGCAAGUGGUGGACUCAAAUUCCAAUACAUUUUGCCACCCGGCAGAUCCCAAAAAGAAGUUUUUGGCACCCUCUGAUAUCAGUCAGUCUCUAACAAGUCCUGGUAACUGAGUUACAGUCCCUCAAUGAAGACUAAGUUCGUAAAUGAUGAAUCCAAAUUCAGUUCUUAUAUAUUUUGGGGUUUCCCUAUUGUGCAAUAAUUGAUCAUUUCUGAUACCUUAUUGUUAUUUCACAGCGGUAUAAUAAGGUGUCUUAAUUCCAUUGAGACAGAAACUGCUGAAUAGUUACAUUUGUUGAGCUCCCGAAAUUUGUGGAGAAUGACUGUCACUACGGCAAGUACAGAAACUGAAAAUGUUUAAAUUCAAAACUACUACCCUAAGAAAGCAAUGAUAAAAAUUAUUUAUAUUUACAACUGAUGUACUAUAUAUUUUUGAAGUUAUUAUGUUAUGUUUUUGUAGAUGUGUCAGUGUAGGUGUGUAUAUGUUGUAUAGUUGAGUAGGUUCGAUGAUUCCUAUUGCAACGUAUAGUUACUAAUCAGUUGAGGGUUUCUGCUGGUAUGUUUCCGAACAUACCAAGCAGCCGCCAAGUUCCUGACUUCUCUGUGUAUAUCAAACUGCGACAUAAAAUGUUCCUAACGAGAUGUAGAUACUGCAUGCGGCACCCCUUGUGGGUCCAGCGGGCCCGACGCGGCGCCCAGUAAAACAAGUUCCUAUCGACCGUGCUCGACAGUUCCUCAACGACUUGCACCGAGCUCGGUCGCUUUUUUAUCCAUUAUUAUUAAAUUAUUACAAAAUACGUUUAUUAUUAUUACACUAAUUAUUAAAGUUGAUAAAGCAAAUGCUGUAUUUAUCAUAUAUAUGUAAAUGUAACUGAAUAUAUCAGCUGGUGAGAGAACGAGAAAAAACAUCAAGACCUCUGACCAGCAGUAAAAAAUUGGUUCCUACUAAUAAUAAUCGAUACGGUGUUUUGAGUAAUAAUAUAGUUAUUAUGUUUUAACGUUGGUUGUCACCGGCAUUGUACGUAUAUAUAGUAGUAGAUAUAUAUUUAAAAUUUUAAAUUAGGUUUACGUAUCCAAAAUAACUCAAACUGGGAAAUACUUCGGUAUGACCUGCCUCGCAUAAUAGUGAGUUUCUUUGGAACUAAGUGUGAUUGUUGAUCUAGUGUAAUGCAACUGAUGCUCUUCGGCCGUACAGGUUGAUUCACCUUAACUCUCUAGUUUUCAUUUCAAGAAUUUCUAGUGAUUAUUUUCGGUAUCUCAAAGUAAGAGUAUACUUGCCAAAAAAUACUCAACAUUUUAUGAAAUUUGAAGUGUUGCCAUUUUGUUAUUGAAAAGAGUUUGAACCAUAGUGAAUCAGUUUGUAUUUUUCCAUACUUGGGCCAUCUUAUCCCUCUCUUGUCGAUGGGCUUCAAGGUAGCGUGAUUGUCGCAACCUAGCAUUGCUAAGUGAAUGUGACACGUGGGAUCUCCCACUCUCUGACUAUUACACGAUUAUUAUUACUAUUCAUUCUAUAAUUUCAUUCCUAUGUUAACGGAAGCCGUCUAUA